AUGGACCCUAACACCCAACAGUCAGAGAGAAAGGCCCGUCAGUAUGAGGAACUUCUGGCUCAACAGCGUCGCAUUCAGGCUCAGAUGGCCAUGAUUGACCCAGAGACUCGUCGCGAAGUUGACGAGCAUCAGAGACUUGAACAGGAUAUCUCCAUGUUCACGGCGGGUCAUCUGAGCGAACCUACCACGCCGCCUGAGUACUACAGCUCUGUCAAUCGCGUGCACAGCGCCCGGUUGUCUACUGCCAGUAUGGCUUCGCCCCCUGGAUUCCCGACCCGCCCCAGUCGUUCGGGCUCUCAGCUUGCAUCGCCUCAAACAGCCUUCUCAAGACCUGUUACCUCGCAUGUACACUCAACCUCUAUUCCGUCAAGAUCGGUUCCUGUCUCACGCCGUGGAUCCGAUGAGGAUGAUGAGGAUACUUCCUAUUCAUUCGCGGACAUUAACCACCGCGCCGCUGCAAAGUAUGUUCAUCAUUUUCUUCUUCAGCCAUUGUUUCAUCCUCCGAUUACCCUUUCACACCUCACUGCUACUUGGUGUACCCUCGGAAGCCUUCAAUAG